CGAAGGGGUAUUGACAUAUAGGUUUUAGCCAACUUCGUACAUUGUUCUCCAGAUGGACUUCCCUAGCGGUGCCUCUGGACAGACGGCCUCUUAUGGAUCUUCCACUCUGGAACAGUUGGUGCAACGUCCAUCUUUAAUAAUAAUCGAAGGUUUUCCCGCAAUAGCAGGGCAGAUAUAUAGCCAUUCCAAGAGGGGCCUCUUUGGUAAACUUUGAGGAUCGCAUGGAAAUACUUUAACUUUUGAGAAAAAACGGUUAAGGAAAAUCGAAUGUCGUGGCAGCCAACCGAGUUACUAGGCCACACAGGAAAGGAGAAUAAUAACAACGAUCCCUGCAUUAUUAUUCUUAUUGAAAUAAACAACAGCAACGCGCAGAAAAGACGGCAUUUCUGAUUACUUCGCAAAAAGGGGGAACGAGCUCGGUUUUUACCAAUUGCUUGCGGGCAGAAGGGAGUGUAGUUACCGUACCUGUUUUUAUUUUUAAUUUUUUGUUUUUAUUUUGGUUUUAUUAUCUUUUUUCGAGGGGGCGGCGCGAUGGCGUUCUAUCCCACCCAACGGUCAACGAGAAACAAGAACCUUGGGAUUUUCGGUCGAAGGAACGCGCACCGCCUACAGCCAAUGAAGAGCCUGAAACCUUGGGCAAGCGAAUCCACUGGUGGCCGAAUCACACCGGGUUCUGUGACUAGACAGAGCUUAAUAUGACUGCCUGUGUACGCUAUAACUUAGUAGAGCCUAAUCAUAAUGAUAGUGGUCGGAGGCCCCUGCGACAAAAACAAACCAGGCCAAGCAGCAUGCAUGUCGCGUUGACAGUGUUGGGAUUCCAAAGGCGGGCAGGGCAGGGACUGACUCGGAAGCAUGAGAAGAGGAGGAUGGUUUUGCUGUGAGAGGGUCCCUUUUUUUUUUUUUUUUUCCUUGUUUCCCCCUUAUUCCUCCAACAUCCGUAUUCUGUUGGAGGUAGGGUAGGGUAGAGAGCAGUCUGUAUAACUAUUGCAGUGGUCCUUGGGCUUUCGAUGCUCCCCGCGAACACGUUAUGUGUGAUGUGAGCCAGGGGACCAGUCCGUUCCUUAUCCUGAACCUUAUUAAUAAUAAUCUGGCAUAUUUUAUCAAAGGGCGUUGUCUGGUUGACGGGGAUUUUGGGCUGGGCGCGUGGUGUAAUAAUAACUGUAUCAGGAUGAUAGGAGGCAAUGGAAUUGAGACAUAUGUAUAUGAGCCAUAAUAGCGACGAUAUCUGAUAGAAAUAACUAAUAGUUGUUAAUGUCUCAAUCAUAGUGCAGGAUUACAGUUGCGGACAGAGUGAACGUAUUGUUUGUAGUGUACGGAGUAGUGUAGUAGUUGUAGUGCGGGUGGUGGUGUAACUACGGAGUAGUGUGGUGUAAAUAGUGUAGUGUGUUGUUGUGUUUACAUCGUUCGUUUUUAUUAAUAUUAUUGUCUUGUCCUGCCAAACACGAACAACACAAUCACCACCAACCGCCUCAUUCCAUCCAUCCAUCUAUCUAUCCAUAUCCAUCCAUCCAUUCAUUCAUUCAUUCAUUCAUACCCAUCCAUCCAUCCCAACCUCAUCUAUCUAGUUAAAUAUCUCCUUUUUUCGUCUCUUCUCUCCACAACAUCGAUCCCAACUAGGACUCCGACUCCUCCUCUGUUCAACUCCUAGACUCGCUCUCUUGCCCUGGGGUUGUCUGAGCUUCCUUACUACUUGUCCUCCGUAGAUUUCUCCCGAUUGCCCAGCUGUGUGUCUCCACUUUCUUUUUUACUCCUUACUUUGUUGUCUGCUUUCUUAAAUAUUCUCCUGCGACGUCGAGGUCCUGUUCGUCCCGCCUAUCGCUUACUUAGCACCUUCGCCAAUCCUUAUUAUUCCUUUCGAUAUAUUCCGUACCCACCGGCUAUAAUUGGAUUAUCUGCGAGACAUUCGUCUGUCUGUCUGGCCUUAAUCUUGAGUGUAACAUGAUACUUCAGUGACAACAUCCCGCUCUCAGUCCCUGACAUCUGGGAGGUUGAAGCUGCAGCAAAAUGUGACUAUCCUGCAUCCAACCAACCCCAAGGACAACCUUCUGAUGCUGUGUACCUCUCUCGUGGCUUGGAAUAACAUAUUCCUUUGUGUACCAGUGUAUCAGUCUUUGACUUACUGGACCUGUCAUGGAAGAUUCAUGAGAUGUACAUACAUAUGUAGUUCCCAGCCCUUCGAUUCUCCCGAGUAAAUCUGUUCCAAUCGCCUCUUUAACACGCCUGGAUAGAUUCUAGGACCUAAGUUUCCACCACAUCUGCAUCGCCCUGCACCCGUCCUGCCCCGAUCGAUUCUUCAGCGGCCGGACCUUGUUUCCCUCGCCAAACAUCCUUCAUUUUACCUUAGAGAACUCCGGAUAAGCACGCGCAUUCAUUCAAACCGUAACCAAAAACAUAACCGUACCCGAUAGAGACGCGUCUACCUCCAUGGAUAUACCACCAAGGAUCCAAGCAAUUUAGCACGCGAAAUUACCAAAUCGCAGUGGCCAUUCCUAGGUCGUUGGAUAUUGUGGUGAUUCACCGAUAUUUUUAUUUGACACCCUCCUACGUUCUUGUGUCACCUUUUCCUUCCAAGUGGCUACACGUUUGCGUUUUCUCGCGGUACUCUGAUCGGGCUACACAAAAAUCCCUUCAACAUGGCCUCGACACUCCCACAACCCUCACGCCCCUCGACAAAUCCUCCUACUACAGCGCUUCCUCCGUUGCCUGUUACAAGGUCAAAGAAAAGCAUGCUGGCCCAUUCAGAAACUUCCAAAGCUCCUUCGUCCACCUUAAAGCCCUCGAAACUUCGCACACCCUCUGCUUCACCACGCCCUUCUGCAUUGGCCAUGCCUCAACCGUCAAAUACUUUAUCCGGCGUCGCUGCUCCAGGAUCUCCUUCUGUCGGUCUCGCCCCAGGCAGUCCUGAUAAAACCCUGCGCCGUGCUGUCAGCAUUGCCGCUUUUCCCCAACCCCCUAAAGCGGGAAACCGCCCCUCUGUCAACUCAAGCACUUCUUCGCUCUCCCAACUUUCGACCAAAUCACGAUCCCCAGACCAAUCGAAACCACUCACCUCGUCGAGCAGUUUACGUCUCAAGAAGGCAAGAACUUCCACUAGUUCAGGGAAUACUUUCAAAGGACCUAAUUCCUCCAGAACACCCAGCCUGCUGAAUAGUAGUGGAGAUGGGAAGUCUAUUCCAAAUGCUCCAAAUGCUAGAAAUUCCGAGGGUCAUUUCAGUAUCCCCUCCCCACCACAGAGCAGGAGCUCAUCAGCCCAGGGAUCCUACUCGACCAGUGCCACCACCUAUGAUGAAGUCGACGAUAGCGGGCGAAGAGGCCGAGAGGAGUCCGAUGCCAUUUCUGGCAAUGGAAAACGCUCUUCUGAGGGAAAAGAGGCGAAAGGGAACGUCAUAGUAAGCGUCAGAGUUAGACCCGAUACGAGCGGCGGAGAAAACUCCAAAUCCGAUGGAGAAUGGAUGGUUGACGGCCGAAGAUCGCUUGUAUCUCACCGUGGAAAGGAAUCAGGAGAUUACUUUUAUGAUAAUGUAUUUACAGCUCAUGAUAACAAUGCUAGAGUAUACGAUUCAUGUGCGAAACGACUUGUUCGUCGGGUUAUGGAAGGUUAUCACGGUACAGUUUUCGCGUACGGAAUGACUGGGACUGGAAAGACAUUUUCGAUGCAGGGCACUGCUACAUCUCCAGGAGUUAUCCCCUUGGCCAUUACAGACAUAUUUUCUUACAUUAGGGAAACACCGCAUCGCGAGUUUUUACUUCGUGUAAGCUAUCUAGAAAUUUACAAUGAGAAAAUCCACGACUUGCUGUCGCCGCCUCCUUCCGGAACCGGCCCUGGAGCUCCGCAACAGGAAGAAAUCAAACUAAGAGAAGACAGCAAACGAGGUGUAUACGCCUCGCCUCUCAAGGAAGAAAUUGUGCAAAGUCCAACUCAAUUAUUACGAGUUAUUGCAAGAGGUGACCACGCCCGAAGGACUGGAAGUACGCAAUUUAACGCCCGUAGCUCCCGGAGUCAUGCCGUUGUGCAAAUUGUAGUGGAAAGUCGAGAACGAGUUCCUGCAGGGAAUUCUUCACAGGAGAAGCGCACGGCAAUGGCCCCGGGUGGAGUGCGUGUCUCAACCUUGAGUCUGAUUGAUCUUGCUGGAUCCGAACGCGCGGCAGAGAAUAAGGAACGGAGAACAGAAGGCGCUCACAUCAACAAGAGUUUGCUUACUCUCGGCACUGUCAUUGCCAGGCUAUCAGGGGAUAAGGAUAAGAAUGGCCAGCCCACCGAUCGAGACGGGAAACAUUUACCGUAUCGCGACAGCAAAUUAACACGAUUGCUGCAACCUGCUCUGUCAGGCAAUUCUCUUGUCAGCAUUCUUUGCACCCUCCAGAUCGGAUCUGGUGCGAGUGCCGCUUCCGCCCAAUCUCACACGGGAGAAACAUUGAAUACCCUGAAAUUCGCGGCUAGAGCGAAGAACAACAUUGUCAGUCAUGCCAAAAGAGCUGAAGAAGCGCUAGGGAGCACUGGGGGGGAUGCCGGUAGUCGAGUUCUCUUAGAGCGUUACCGCAUGGAAAUCCAAUCGCUCAGAUCCCAACUUGAAGGCCAAGCGAGGGUUCAAAACGAGAAAGAGGAGAUGUGGGAACAAAAGAUGCUCGAGAAGGAGGCAGAGAACCGUCAUGAAGAACAAAUGCUAGAAAUGCAGCUCGCUCGGACAGCCCUCAAGGAGCGUAUCGAGCAUUUGAACCGUCUAAUCUUAUGCUCCAAGUCCACUGGUGUGAAUUCCAAUGGGAAUAUAUCUACGUUCACAAGGAUUUCGGGACUUUCAGCAAGCGGAAUCGAGUCUAGUAUUAGGUCUAUUCGGUCCUCAGCAUCUCAGUCUACUUUGGGCGCAAAUGGUUCUGCUCUAAAUAGAUCUGGUUCGAUGCUUUCAAUGCGAAGCCAAGGCGCAUUGCCUUCAACUCAGGCAUCAAACUCUCACUUUAUCAAUAAUGAAUACGAGGAUGACACGAUGGGUGAGUUUGCCGAUGGAAUGGCAAGCCUUCAGAUGCAAGUCAAUGCCCUUCAAGCAGACCUCACCGAUAAAAACCGAUAUAUCUCAACCCUCGAACGGCGACUGCUACAAGCUCGCCGCUCAAGCCACUCUCGCAUGUCAAUGGGAUUUUCUCAUCUCAAAGGCGCUGCGGCAUCUAUAGAUGACCCGGAGGUGAUGGCCAUACUUCGCGAGAAGGACAUGGAAAUAUCAGAAUUGCGUAUCCAGCUAGAUGACAAAGACAGGAUGGUUGCAGCGUUGCGUUCAGCCGCCCGCCAACGUGAUUUUGCUCAAUUGACGCCAGACUCAAUACCCCAGGAAAUAAAGCAAAAAUCUGGCCACCAGAGUGUUGAAAGCAACAGCAGCUCAACAAAGAGUGGCGGUGCUGCUACGGAGGCGAUUAGCCCGGUUGCCCUCCUGUCUCCAGCGAAGAUGGGUAUGACGGAGAGGGAAAAGGGAAAAGCGAGGGACAAGGAAACUGAAGAAAGGGAGAGGAGGGAGAAGGAGAAGGAGAAGAAACGACGAAGCGUUGAUGAGAUGUCGCGAAUGCUUGAUGAGAUGAUCCAGGAUAGGGUGGAAAGCGGCCACUUGGUCAAAGGCACUAGAGGUAGCGUGCGUGUUGCCAAUGGCGGCGGCAGGCGGCAGUCAUCCUCUGGAUCGAAUACUGUACCUGGGAUGGGCGCGAUGGUCACCGCACUUCGCGGUUCGGUCCCAGAUAUCCAAUCCGCGUGAUUAUUUUUUUCCCUUCUCUCCUCUUCCUUCCCCCUUUUGGAAUUGACAAUCUCGACGUCAGUGAUGAGAUUGCCAUAUUAUUCGUCCUUUUUUUUUUUUGGCUUCUUCCACCUUGUCUCUUUCCCUCGGGCACCCUUCUCCUGACCGCGUUCUAUGGUUUACUCUUUUCUUUCUGUUGGUAGUCCCACCGCCAAUUUUGCUCCACACAUUUUAACUACCUCCCCCGCCUUUACGCUUCCUUGUAUAGUAACUUCUAUUUCUUUCCUGAUACCCAUUAUCUUGACACUGUAUUUGUUUUGGUACGCUUCUUCCAAUUCCCAUUUUCGCUUCCCUCUUCCUUCGCGUCAACAAUGUCCUCUAUAAGGACUGGUUUGGCGGUAUAUUUUGCUUUUGGUUUGUUCUAUCAGCAUGUUUUUUCUGACAGGCCAGAUUUCACUACGACUUCGCGUAUUUCAUCAUUCUCGUGCCUGCCAUGGUUUUUCUUUACUCCCUUUCUUUUCUUACUCCUUUGCUUCUUUUCUUGCUCCUUUUCUCUACUUUACCUGAACCCGAUGUAUCUCUGUCUAUAUAGCUGACUACCUUCCUUACCUAUCUUAAAUAAUGCUGAAACGGGAAAUGAAAGAUAAGAUUGCGGCGAGAUGUUUGCUUUUACCAUCUGACUUUAUUUUGGCUAUUUUUCCUAUAUUUGCUCUAUGGUCGUUACUUAUUUAUUGUUAUUUUACUUCUUCCUACGUUAAUUGUCAGCUGGCUUGUACCCUACAGUCGUGGGAUAGAGAGAGGGAUAGUAGCUUGUCGACUUCUCUAUGCUAUCGAUAUUUUACCUUUCUUCCUGUCUUUGUUGACAAUGUACUAUAUUAGGUCAUGGUGCUAGACAUUGUUCAUACAGUUUAGAUGAUAGAUCCAGCCAUGGUUGAAUGAAGAAUUUUCCCUGCUCUUCUCCGGUAUAGUUAUGGAUUAAAACAUACAUGUAAAGUACGGAGUGCACAUUGUUACUCACUCAAUGCCUGUCUUUUUCUGGCAUUCCAUACAAGUCACCUGACGGGCACCUUAUUUGCCUAAUCCGGUAAUCUGAGGUCAGCUUUUCUGAUAUCCGCAUCAUCCCAGCAUAAAAUAACUCCAAUCACCAACCCAA